AUGACACUUAUCAUGACGCUGGACUCAACGCAACGUUUCCUUCGAAAGAUCAAGAAGCCACCCCGGACGAUCGAGGCUUUCAUCAAGGCAGCCCGGAUUCUGACUUUUCCCGUCAGCGUUUCUCCCAGCCCCGCCACUUACAUACUUCAGACAGACAAGUCCCGGCCUCGCUUCCCUCGCAGAUUCCCUGGUCGUUCGGCGGAUCAAGGACCAGAUAUUGAGCACAACUUUCCCAACGAUAUUCCGCUUCCUUCUACUGGAUGUGCCAUGGAGAUUCCGGACGACAUGUCCGAUAGCAACGUCCACAACCUGCUCAUCCCAGGCUACGAUGACUACGUUCCCUGGCGGAAGACGGGCUCGACCUGA